AAUAUGGCGGAUGCAUCAGCGUAUCACGAUAGCUAGCAACGCAGUCUACCGUUUUGAAAUCUACAGCGCGCAGUCCCGCUUACUUUUCCGCCAGGAUUUCAACUGUUGGUGAUUAUGUGGAGGCGCUUACUUAUUUGUAGCACUUUAGCUAGCAGGAAAUAAUAACGUAACUAAGAAAUUUAGCGUUUCAUAUUUCUGAACGGCAAUACGAAUCUUGAAAAGUAAAUAACAGAUGAGCUAAGUAGUGGAUUUAGCUUCCCUGUUUGUUUGGCUUGUGUACACAACAGCGCCUGAAACAUGUCUCUGUCCCCGGAGAAAGCUUCUGAACUAAAGCAGAUUAUUCAGGAUCAGCUGAUUAAGUUUUAAGAUUCAGCACCAGGACCUGCUGUGUGUGACAUGACGCCCCCCCUGUGCUCAGAUGGACAUCCACAGGAAGAUUCGGGAUGUGGUUGCGGAGGCAGUGCGGUGUGAAGGGGAUCGGGCAGAGGAGCAGCCUCUCUCUGAGGAGGACCUGCUGAGGGCACUGCAGCGCAGGGGCAUCGUGGAGGACGCCAUGAAGCAGCUCAGUUUCACUAAUGCUACACUUUCACAAACAGAAGCAGAGGAUCUAGACAAGUCUCCAGCUCGUGUAACUGAGAAAGGCAUUACCCAACUUAAAACAGCCAAUAUAAGUCCACUGAGGAGAUACUUGUACCUGCAGGUUCUGGGUGGAAAAGCCUUCCUCGAGCACCUGCAGGAGCCAGAGCCUUUACCUGGACAGGUGUGUUCUACCUUCACACUCCACCUUCACUUCCGCAACCAACGCUUUCACUCCAAACCUGUGCCCUGUGCUUGUGAACCGGACUUACAAGAGGGCUUUCUUCUAGAAGUACACAGAGAUGGUCCAGGUGAUGCCAGUAAAAUGGCUGAUGCCACCACCAUGCUGUCCAUUUGUGACCCGGUGCACAUGGUGUUGAUUAGGACAGACACUGCAGGAGACACCACACUUGUCUCUUCUUAUUUCUUGGACUGGCGAUCUGUUCUCUGUGCUCCCAAUGGAAAGACAUCAGUGGCUGUGGAGCUGCUUGGUGUAGGCAGUGAGUGUAAAGUGCCUGCUGGUGUUCUUAAUCUCAAGCUGGAAUUGUAUCCUCCCCUAAGUGAGACUCUGAGCCCUGAAGUCAUUAGCACACAGCGAUCACUAGAGCGGCAGAAGAGCGCAGAGAAAGAACGCUUAUUUCUGGUCUAUGCUAAGCAGUGGUGGAGGGAGUUCUUAGAAAUACGACCAUCUCAUCAGUCCAAGCUGGUUAAAAUCUUUGCUCAAGAUGAGAAUGGGGUGAACAGACCAGUGUGUUCAUACGUGCGUGUCUUGCGUGCUGGCCGGCUGUUGGAAAGUCCACGUCAGGCAGCUCGCUUUGUGAGUCUGCUGGCUCAGGAGAGGGCGCCGGUGCUGGGGGGAGGAACACGUCACGAGCAGUGGUGCACUAUGAUGGCGUUCCUCUGUAGGAACAAGGGUGAUUGUGAGGACCAUGCCAUACUGCUGUGUAGCCUGCUAUUGGGCUUUGGCCUGGAUGCAUAUGUGUGUGUAGGCACCAAAGCUAAAAACAUUCCACACACCUGGGUGAUGACCUGUGGUACUGAUGGCACUGUCACUUUCUGGGAGAGUCAGACUGCACACAGGUACCUACAUCAGCCAAUAGACCCUGAGGCCCCCCCACUAGUUCCUCAGCCCAAACCCACCUACCCAUACCGCACGAUUGGUUGUGCUUUCAACAACAAGACUUUCUGGGCUAAUUGCCAGCCUUCAGACUCUGUGGAGUUGUGUGUGUUUGACUUCCUGGAUGCUUCACGCUGGAAGGCUAUGAGUGAAGAGGCUGUUUGUUCAGUUUGUUCCCUGAGUCCUCCUACUCCUCCUCUGUGUCCUCCCUCAGUGCAGGCCAACGAUGCCAGCAACCAACUAGAGCUUGAGCUGCGCUACCUGAUUACUGAGCACAGGAAGGAUAUUGGUCUGGCUACAGUGUGGGAUGAUCACCUGUCCUAUCUGCUCUCAUCUGCUCUGGCAGCCUAUGAGCUAGAGCGCUGUACAGGCAUGUCAUGUGGAAAUGAAGAGUUUCAGGAUGCUGUUCGGAGAGCUGUACCAGAUGGACACACAUUUAAAGGCUUUCCUAUUCAGUUUUUACACCGUAAUGCACGCAGAGCUUUUGCUACCUGCCUCAGGUCACCUUUCUGUGAGGAGGUUGUGUCUUGUCGGGGGGAUCAUGUCCGUCUGGCAGUGCGGGUGCGUGUGUUUCCCUAUCUUGAGUCAGCCUGCGCUGUCUGGAUCAUGUUUGCCUGCAAGUACAGAUCAGUGCUGUGAUCAGCAGUCAACUCUGUGUGUGUCUGUAUGUGUGUGUAUAAAGUAAUAGUAAUAUGUGAUUUUUUUAUUUUAUUUAUUUUUUUGGGGGGGGGCAUUUGGUUGGUCUCCAUAGAAAAAUGACAUUUUUACAAAAUAUAAUUAGAGCUCAAAUGUAUUUUAGCAUUAUUACACAAACCAGGUGAAAUUGUCCAUGAAUAUUGUCUGUCUUUGUGUAUGCUUUUUGUUUAUUAUGUUAAUAUGUACCUGUAUUAAAA